UGUUGAAGGGUGUGAGAGAGUACAUAAAUAAAGUGAUAUGUCACCAAAAGGUACAUACCAUCACGAAGUCUAGCACUGAUUUGUAAGUGAAGAAAACGUUGGGAAAAUUAACACGAACAAUUCGAAAUGAAUUCACCGCUACUGGCAUCAUUCUUGUUGAUGUUUUAUCCUUUGUUUAUUGAUUCAGCAUCAUUGUUGAAAGAUGAAUCUUCAUCAGUGGAAGAAACACUUAAAAGCAUACUUGACCAAAAUUACGAAUUCGUUCUCGCGGGAAAGGGUGAAGACGCGCUGAAAUUCUACACUGAAGACUGUGUAUUAAUUAAUCAAGGUUUACCGGCAAUAAUUGGCAAAACUGAUUUGUUAGAGCACUUCCAAGGCGAGGAUUUGUCAAUUAUUAAAAAGAUGAACGUUUUUAUUGACAACGUUUAUGACAAGGGAGACAUUGUUACUCUUAGAUACCACGUGACGUCGCAUGGUGAAGAUUGCAGUGUCCUUUCAACUGUCCGAGUAAUCAUCGUUUGGAAAAAAGAUCGAAGGCACAUACUUGAUUCACAAUCUUGUUUCAAAUGUGCGAGAGAACCUCUGUCCGCCGACGUCAUGAUUGUUGAACUAAACAUUGGAGAAAACAAGAUCCUACAAUUAUUUGUCAUAUUUUGUAGCCUGAUUUUCUAGAUAAAAUGAGCUUUGUAGACCAUAACCGUUGUAGUCUUUCAUUUUGAAACAUCUUUAUUACAAAAUGUUCUUGUCUCCGUUUAAA